CUCACUUUAUAGCUCUACAAGUGCUUUGUCUUCCAGCUUAUCCGAUUUACGUGCGUUAAUAAUCCCUUAUUGGCAACCAAAAACUGAGUAUAUUUAUUCAAUGGCUGUACGGUGAGAAUGAAUGACUUUCUACAAGAGCAUAUUAAAUCUGUAUCUGGGACAGUUUUGGAGCUCAUUCAAGAAGGAUUAUUUUCAAAUGUAACCGUUGUCAUGAAUGAUCAUGAAUUCAAGUCUAACAGUCUACUCUUGGCUAGCUCUAGUGACUACUUUAGGGCAUUGUUCAGUUUUCAGCAAAAUUCAGUUGAAGAACCUCGUUUGGAAAUCAAAUGUGAUUACGUUUCACAUGUUGGUCUCAGCCAUGUCAUGCUAUUUAUUAAUUCGAUUGGUCAAGUUCAUGAUUCUAUUCCUACUGAAGAUUAUCAGGAUGUAUAUAUCGCAUCAAGCUUCCUACAAGUACACUGUCUUCGAAAAAUGAUGAGUCUUCGUCUAGAAGGGACUCUCUGUACAGAUAAUGUUCUUAAGAUUAUGAAUUUGGCACAUUGGUUCGAUGAUGAUGCGUUAUUUAAAAAAGCCAUAUUAUUCCUCUGGCACGAAUUCCAACUAAUCGAUUAUUUCUCAAGUGAUUUUGUGAAUUUAACUACCAAACAGAUCACAAAAAUAUUUCAAAGUGAUCAGAUCAAUAUAUCUCAGGAACGUGUUGUUUUGGAAGCAAUACUUGUAUGGCUUUGUCAUGAUGUUAAACGUCGAAUGGAGUUUUUCAAAAAUAACUUUCUUCAUCUUGUAAGAUUACCUUUGAUAACGAGAAAUGAAUUGAUGGAAAUAAUUAGUAAUCCAAAAUACUCCGCAGCUAAUGAUGCCUUACAGUUCUUAUUUUUGGCACAUAAUUCUUUAAAUCAACCAUCGUUUCUUAAUGAAUUAGAAAAAUUUUCAAUAUCAGAUAUUUGGAGUUAUCAAUUUUUACCGAAUUCACUUAUAGAUCCUAAACAAUAUAGACCAAGGGUUGGAACCAUAUAUCGUGUCUAUGGACUUGGAGGGGAAAGUGAUUUCAAUAACAACACUUCAGCAUCUUAUGAACUGCAAUCGAAUGAAUUUAUGGUUUAUAAUGAAGAUUUAAGUGUUGCUACUACAUAUACACCUCCGUAUGCUGCUUCAAGAGUACAUCAUGGUGUAGCUGCUUCUCUUAAUUGGAUAUAUGUAGUAGGUGGUGAAUCUGAAGAGGGUGAAUUAUUAAACCAUUGUUCACGUUUUAGUUUAACAGAUCUUGUUUGGCAUACAAUGAGUGAAUUGGACUCUCCUAGAUCACAUCAUACUUUAAUUUGUAUUGAAAAUUAUUUAUAUGUAUUUGGCGGUUAUUGCUUAAAUUGGGCGACAAAUUAUUCACCAGCUAGCGAUUCGAUUUUAACAUAUGAUAUCUGUACAAAUAAAUGGAAUAAUUCAAAUCAUAAAUUACCAUUUGGUUUGGUAGAUACAUGUGCAUUACUAUUGAAUCAUAAAGGUCUUAUUAUGUUUGCCGGUGGUCUUGAAGAAUAUGGUGAUGAAAUGCGUCCAUCUGAUUGUGCCCUUCUAUAUGAUCCCACAGAGGAAGAUGGAGAAAAUUUCAAGUUUCUACCAAAACUACCAAUGCCUCUGAUCAGUGUGGCAUUGGCUUGUGACACUGUAGAAAAUCAAGUAUUUUUGUGCGGCGGUCGAAUGAGUGUUUACGGCUCGGAACUUGAUGAUAUUUCAAAUAAAGUAUUCUGCUUUAAUUUUAGUACAAAUUGUUGGACUCAGGUCACUGUACUAGAUUUUCCACGUUACAAUGCUUUCUCAUUUGUACUGUACGAUAGAUUGUAUGUGAUUGGUGGUAUUACGAUUGAUGAAGUCAUUGAGAAUACACCGAGUUCAUUGUUAACUUCGUUAAUCAAUGUAGAUCAUGAGGAUUCUGUGAUGGUUAGACAAAUAACUACUACUGAUAAUGAUCAAAAUAUUUCUCCUAACUUGUUAGAACAAUUUUCUGUCGGAAAUUAUAUUCGUCCAAAUAUCUUACAAGCUCCAUUUAGACCAUGUCAUUUUUCUGAAGGUUGGCAGUUAAGAUCACCAUCUUCAACAUCAUCAAAUAACUUGCAUAGAACAUCAACUCAGUCACGCCCUAAACGUUUGAAAUUAUCACUUGCUAAAUAUGAAAAUCAUUUACCUGUUAUAUCAAGAUGUUAUGCAGCUUAUUGUAUAGCUCCAUAUUUAAAUUGUAUGAAGUAGCUGAAAUGAAAAAAAAACGUAUAUAUUACAGGGCUAUUUGACCACUAUGCCCAGCUAGUCGAUAUUUAUUUUAUAAACUUCAUUGAGCAAAAUAACUUUUUCCUCCUCCACCCCAUAUUAUUUUGUAAAACCAUGUUUAUUAUUAUGAUUAUCACUACCUCCUUGUCUUUCUUUAUUUUGUCUCUUUUCUUUUGUUUGUUUUUACUGUUAAUUUAUCUGUCCAAUAGUUGAUUUCUUAUUGUUGUUUAUGUAUUUAAACAACAUUUGCUUCAUAUUAUAUUAAAAUUAUUGU